AUGAGCGACGCUUUCGAGGCCCGUAUGAGCGCGAUGCGCGCUCGUCUGUCGAGCCUGUGCCACACAGUCGAAGAACAGGAAGUGGAACAGCAGCAGCAGCGUCGCUCUUUCGAGCAUCGCUACUUUGUGGAGGCGAGAGCAGCAGGCUCUGCGGCGACGCCUGCGGCAACAAAGCCGAUAACUUCAACGGCUACACCCCCAUCGUCGGCGCCUAUCUCACGGCCAGUCACGAGCAAGAGUCAAGUGCCGCGCACAGAUGGUAUCAGCGAACGGGACGUGAAUCAAGUGCACAGCGCCUCAAGGAAGGAUGCUGCUUUUGGUCACCACUUUGGCACGAGCAGCCCGUCAGCCUCCAUAACACGCGCCCGUGCAGCGAAGCCUGGCUCUGGAGUGAAUGCGAUGCUGCAGCUUGCACGGUACCACGCUUCCGGCUCCUGGUCUGAGGCUGUUGUAACAAAGGACAUUGUACGCUUCACCGGUGGUCGGUCAAGCCCGGUGCCAAAAGCCCCUGCCACGAUCCCCCCCGAAGCCUUCGCUGUAAACACCGGACAAGAUACCACGGAUUCUUCGCCCGUUCCACUCAUGCCGUGUGGCGUUGCGGGUUUGCAUUCAUACGGGUUUCGAGAGCGGCUUCCAAGCCCUCGCCGACCCACGGCGUCACUCGCCGCGAACACCGUGGAUCUAGCCUCCCGCAAUGGAGAAGGGCGCACCUCACAGAACACUCCUCGCGAGGAGUCGUGCAUCACCGCAGCCGACACCACGAUCGUUGACACGAUGCAUGCCGAUGAGGCGACCUCUUUUGAUGCUUUUCGCGUCGUACAGGAGCGGCUGCGGCAGAAGAUGAUGCAGCUCACGACUACCUCUCCACACUCCGUCGUGCCAUUAUCAACGAGAGGGGCUCCCGCCGAAUUUGCCGUGAGUGAUGACGCCACAGCGCCCCGGGAAGAGCUUCCUCACAGAGGCCUCACCGCGUCUCGUGCGGUGAGCGAUGUUGACGGUUCAAGUCCUUCACCCCGGCCACCGCCGGGUACGCGCGCUGAAACGGCCACCCCGACGCGCUCGCCCGACAAGGAUGAGUCGUCCUCGCACGAAACUGCCCCACUCCCACAGACAACACCGCGGUAUCAGCAUGGUCAAGGCGAUACCUGGACGGAUGUGGAAGUGCUCCCGGCGACCACGGAGCCCGACACCGAAAACGCAACUGAGGCUCGGCUCUUUACUCAUGGGUCUCUACAUGACUCUGUCGUAGGCAGCGGCGACGAGACGACGGCGGUGUCGCGCGAAUGGCAGUGGUCGCGGUGCGGCGUGCCAUCCACGAAAGCACGCACGGCAAAUGUGCCGCGUGGUGUCUUCGACCCGACCGUUCGUCACGUCAGGGUCUCACGGAUGCCGUCAAGCGAUGCGCAGCUCAACCCAGCAGCCGGGGAACAGCGGGCGGACUCGCGCGAGUACCGACGAUCACCUGAGGCGGCGACGGCAGGGCGCGCACACAGUGAUCGAGGGAGGAGUGGGCGGACGACUGCAUCGAUUCAGCAUGGUGUCUCCUCAGCGCCGCGACGCUCCGGGUCUCGGCACGCGCCGUCGUCAACAUCAGCGGCGCGCUGGUCGGCGACGCGCGAGGGGAGUGUGUCCACGGCGGCCAGGUCACGCAAGUCAGCGCCGAAGCCAGCUGCACGACCAAAGCCGAUUUCUCUGAACGUGGAGGCCACUAUUCUCUGCCCCGUCACGGGUGCGGAGCUGUUUGCUCUUCUGCGAAUGCGCGGGCUCAUCGACUCUGAGGGCGACACGGCGGAGUACCGGCUCCCACCUGUGCGCUGCCACCGCUUGUACGUGACAGCCGAGGAGCACCGCCAGCUGAAGCUGCUUCGGCAGUCCUUACACUCUCUGGUCGCGGAGGAGCAGCACCAGGACAUCCCAUCCUAUCAGCGCUUCACGGUCUCUGCGCGGUCACGAAACGCCGAGUUCGCACCCCCGCCGCCCGUGCUUCGCUACAUGGAUGUGUAA